CCACGCCAAACAAACGAAAAGAUGGAUCCUCCCGCCACGCCAGACUCGAGCUGUAGCACUGGCAACAAGGACCUCACACUCACACCAGAAAAUUCAUGCAUUCACCGUGGGCCGUUCCAUGCAAACGCCCCACCCCAUAUAAACACACCGUAUCACUCCCAAAGUUCUCUCCUACUACAGACACCUCAAACUCCAGCAAGUACAACUCCAACUGCUUGCAACAUUGACGAGUCACUAUACACUAGAGUAGCUGUACACACCGCCAAGUGUACCGAGUGCGACAAACGCAACAUGGACACCAUGCGGCGCUGCCCCGGCUGCACUUUCCAAGUCUGCCAGCCAUGCUACGAGAAGCGACAACGCGAGGGUAAGGGACUUGUCCAUGGCAACAUGCCAUCCCCCGAUGAGACUGGAGUUGCGACUCCAAGUGGUACUGGGGCGAGAGCAUCGAGGAAGAAGCCAGUAGGUAGCGCGGCCAAGGCCAGUAGUAGUUUCCAGAAGGAGGUCGAUGAGGAAGAGUCAAAGGAGUGUAAGGACAGUGUCCAGAAGGCAGGCAAGCACACCCCGUCUGUACCCAAGUCGAAAGCAACGAAACGGUCACGCGGCCGCUCUUGCGUCAAGGACAGCGAGCCGGAAGAGUCGUCCGAGGGCGAGGUCGAUCCAGACCACGCAUCUCCAACUCCUAGUAAACGCCACCAGAGCCUCUCCUUCGCAGAGAGUGCUCUCGCGACCGCCACCAGAGCACCGCCAACCACUCGUGCUGCUCUUCGAUCAAACCCAAGUAUAGCGUACCCAGAACCUCCAACCCCACAGUCAGAGACUGCGCGGCCCCGGGUCCCAGUCACUCAUUCGCGCGAAGAUUAUCCCUAUGACGAUCUUUUGUAUCAAAACUGCGUUGUUGGCUACGACGAGCCGCUACUAGCCCGCUGUGAGCCCGUCACAUACAACCCUGCCGGACGUAUCCCAGCCAUCAUCCAGCGAGGCGGCCGCCGUCGACGACCAACAGCCGACGAAAUCUACCAGAACAUCCAGAAAAAGGUUCGGGAAAAGCUGGAGCAGAUUCAUGCUGACCGGUUGACCUCCGGCGCUGAAAAGUCCCCUGUACUUGCUUCACACGUAAGUACUCCAGAUGCCAAGACCGCCACGACUGUCCGCGCAUUCGUCGAAAAAGAAGCGAUGAGGCACCAAGAUGCCAACAUCCUUGACGAAGACGACGGUAAAAUUCUGUUCCGUACCAUGCAGAGUGCAGCGUUGGCAUGGGGAAAAAAGACGUUUAAGAAACAGGAACCGGCCAUGCAGCGUCUGCUACUCCCAGGCUUGAAUCUGCGACUUGAUCGGAUCCCUGAUAAGUACACUACGGAACUGCGCGUCUUGAUGGAUGGGGUCGUGGAGCGCACGUUGCAUGAGUUGGAUGAAGCGGCGACUUUGUCCGCGACGUCGCCGCCUCAUCCGUCCGGCUGA